UUGCCUCUCACACGAGUGCUGCAAAGACACGCACACGUGUGGACCAUAGCUUUAAAGAAAGUGAUGGCGGUACAGCUGAGCCCUGCUUGGGUUUCUGCUUCUAGCUUUCUUUGUUCUCUCUCUCCCUCUCUCUAUCUCUCUCUCCCCUUGUCUAUCUUCCAAUUUCGUUGGAAGUGAAGGCAUGGCGAGUGGAUGGUAUGCGGACUCUUCCUCUUCUUCCUCAUCCAAAGAAGUCUCCUCACUCUUUGCGGGACCAACCUCUUCGUUGGAGAGCUGUCACUACGGCAGGAGCUCGAAGCGCACCUGUCGCACCUUCCCCUUCAUGGAGAGCUGCCUCGGCUUUCAGGAAAACCCUCAAGAGAACACCGAAGUGGCUCACGUCGUCGGAGAAGAUAACCCAGAUGGAGGGAAGACCUGCGCCAGAGGCCACUGGAGGCCAACUGAAGACUCUAAGCUCAGGAGACUGGUCGAACUCUACGGCCCGCAGAACUGGAAGCUCAUAGCAGAAAAUCUCAAGGGCAGAUCAGGGAAGAGCUGCAGGCUGAGAUGGUUCAACCAGUUGGAUCCAAAGAUCAACAGGAGGCCUUUCACCGAACAGGAAGAGGAGAAGCUGAUGACGGCUCACAGAUUGCAUGGGAACAAGUGGGCUACGAUAGCGAGGCUUUUCCCUGGUAGAACUGACAACGCAGUGAAGAACCAGUGGCACGUCAUCAUGGCCAGGAAGUACAGGGAGCAAGCCGUCGCUCACCGGAGGAAAAAGCUCGGCCAACACCUCCACCGGAGACUUGGGGAAGCUGCAGCAGCCCGUCAUCAUUUCUUUCCUUCCAUUGGCUUGCAUCGCGUGGCACACAGUGGGGAAGAUGCAGUCUCAGGAACUCCCUUUGAUUUCUUCUCCGAAGACAAGAAGGAUCAAGAGAAGAAGAGCUUCAAUAGCAACAAGACUCCGAUCAGCUUGGCAAUCCAACGAUCAAGUCAUGCAACCCAUGUUUCUGUCAAUGGUAGGCCAUUUGAAGGGAACAAAGAGAGCAGCCACCUCGAUGCCGCGGUCUCACCAGCUCUCAUAGAUUUCCUUGGAGUGGGAGCUCCAUGAGAAAGAUGUCAGCACCGAGGAAACGAAACCAUGGGAGCAGAAGCCAUUGAUUCGUCUGUGUACCUUGAGCACUCAGAGCAGUGUCAAAGAUCAAAACACUUGUAGCCAUAUUUGGUUGGAGACUCUUGCCUUCUUGCU